UAAUGGAAACAUAAAAUGGAUGAAAUACUUGCAAAAAAACCAGCCGACCAGCUAGAAAAUGCCGACUCCCAGAUUAAAAUAUACAUACUAAUGCUGGAGAGAAAAUUACAAAACUGUAUUUUAUGGGAAAACUUUAAUAAAGAAAACGAAACAAAACGCCUUGAUAUACAAGAAGAAAAUUUUUCAUUAAAACUGCAGAUUCAAGAAUUUAAAAAACAUGACGAACUCCAAAAAAAGCUAAUACAAGAAAUACAGACCCAAAAUGGUAAACUGGACUGUGAAAAUAAACUACUCAAAAUGCAGGCAACUGUAAUCCAACAAAAAUUGGAGGAACUUAAAAAAACCAAUUGCAAACCAAACGGAAUAAAAACACCGCAAUCAAACAAUGUUGACGACAACAAUUCCGAGGCAAAUAGUGUUUUAGUUAAAGGUUUCACCGAACGUCAAUUGAAUGCAAUUCCCAAAAUAAAUAUUAUUAACAUGGGACGUCAUAUGAAACUGAAAAUAUCAGAGAAAGACAUCAUUAAGGUUUCUACCAUGGAGCGGAAAUUCUACGAACGUCACAGUCUUACACCCGACAAGAUCAUAUUGAUUGUGCAGUUUCGAACAGCAGAAAUGAAAGUGGAAUUUCUUAAGAAUAAAGAAAAAUUGAAGCUACAGUCGAAUUUGAAUGAUAUAGAAAUCACCGACUAUGUGAGCGAUGAAGUGUUCAAUUUGUAUCAAUAUGCGAAAAUAUUAAAAACCCAUGGCUUCACCUCAAUCUAUUGGAGAAACAAUUGUGUGUAUGCCAAGAAAACUCGAUCGAGUUUCUGUGAACCAAUAUUAAUAAAAUCAAAAACCGAUGUGGACAAUUUGAAAGUGCUCCAGAAGAAAUAAAUUAUUGUUUGUUUUUAAUAAAUAUAAAUACUCUAUUUAAAAUAAAGCCUAUGAUAACAAAGUAUAUUUUUGAGUAGAACCCCAACUAAUAUGGCGUUCACAAUAACCCAGAACUAUUCGUUAUAUUCUAAUAUCGUUCAUUCGAUUUGAUAAGAUAUAAUAUGCACAGCUGAGUAUUUUUUAUAUAUUAACUUUGACAGUCAACAUCAAAUCAAAACCGAUAGCUGCCAAAAGAAAACACUUGUGAACAGUUUUAAUCUUACAAAGCACUUGUAAGAUCAAACAAAAUACAUAUUUGUGCUAAAAUAAAGUGGUUAGCUUUUUUGAGUAAAUAUUUUCCAUGUGUGACCUACCUUAAGAUUUAGUUAUUAAAAUGUUUUAUUUUUUAAAAAUUUAAUAAAUACAAAAACAAUAUUUUUAAA